AUGUCUGACUAUGAAUACCCUGACUACUAUGAUGAUGACAUAUUCCUGCCAUCAUCCCCUGGCUGGUCCUGUGAUGCCCUGUGUGUCUUCAUCCUCGUGGUCUGCAUCACCAUCUCCAUUCUGGGCGUCCUGGGAAACGGCCUCGUCAUCUGGAUCAUUCUUCUGAAGACAAAGCGUUCGGUCAACUCCUCGUGGUACUUCAGCCUGGCAGUAUCGGACCUCUUGCUCUGCAGCACACUUCCUUUCAACUGUGCGUACUGGAUAGCUGGGCAGUGGCAUUUUGGGGGGUUUAUGUGCAAGUUCAUCAACAUGGCCAUGCCUUUGAACAUGUACAGCAGCAUAUUCCUUCUGGUCAUUGUCAGUGUAGACCGCUGCAUAUGUGUCAUCUUGCCUGUGUGGUCUCAGAACCACCGCACUCUGAGAGCGCCACCACCUGCCUGGUCCUGUGGCGCUCUGUGUGUCUUUGUCCUUCUAUCAAGCACCAUCAUCUUCGUUCUGGGCGUCCUGGGAAACGGCCUCGUCAUCUGGAUCAUUGGUGUGAAGACAAAGCGCUCGGUCAACUCCUCGUGGUACUUAAGCCUGGCAGUAUCUGACUUCUUGCUCUGCAUCACUGUGCCAUUCAACUCAGUGUACAUGACAACCGGAGAGUGGCAUUUCGGCCUUUUUAUGUGCAAGUUCAUUAGUGUGGUCAUGCCUCUGAACAUAUACGGCAGCGUAUUCCUUCUGGUCAUUGUUAGCAUGGACCGCUGCAUGUGCAUCAUCUUUCCUGUGUGGUCUCAGAACCACCGCACGGUAAGAAGUUCCUCAGUCGUCAUUGCUGCAGCCUGGAUUCUCUCCGCGGCACUCUCCCUCCCCACCCUGUUGUUCUAUGACACACAUGACAGACACGGCACGAUUCUUUGUGGUUACAAUAUCACUGAGGCACUGAUGUCAAUGGGGACAUUGGUCGUGAUGGGUUUUGUAUUUGGGCUAGCCCUUUCUUUGGUGGUUAUAGUAGUUUGCUAUGCCAUCAUUAUGCAGAAGCUGAGAGUCAAUUGCAUGACAAAAUCAUCCAAACCAUUUCGACUCAUGACAGCUGUUAUAAUCAUAUUUGUCAUCUGCUGGGUGCCUUACCAAAUCUUUAAACUCCUGAACAUUAACCACGUUCCCAAUAUUAAAACGGGGACUCAAAUCUCCAUCAUGCUGGCCUAUGCCAACAGCUUCAUCAAUCCACUGUUGUACUCCUUCAUGGGCCAAGACUUCAGAAAUAGAUGCCUAAGGUCCAUUUGUGCAAGGAUGGAAAACGCCUUACAAGAGGAGGGCCAGUCCACAAGGGGAAUAUCAAUGUCCAGAUCUGCAGAGAGUCAAAAUAUUUCUGUUUAAAAUAUAAUCUAUGUGUU